CAGAACGGUACUGAACACUGACAUGGCCCUUGCCUGGUCAGUGAGGACUGGCCAGCCAGCGAGCCAGCGAGCCAGCCACGGCGAGCCAUAGCUGGUCGAUCCAUCGAAGAAGGCACGUCAUCUCGGGCAGAAGAGGGAGAGAAAAUUGAGCAGGAAGCAAAGAAUCAGCAUCCCACAGAAUCCACGCCUGACAACGAAGUGCGUACUUGAUUAAGCAGCUUUUAUCUCGCGGAGCUCGCUCGCCUCGCCUCCUCAGGACAUGCGCCCGAGAAAGUCUGCGACUCGAACUCCGCCCGACGACGCUGGACCGAAUGGCGACCUCCGAGGAACUGGUGCAACGCGCCGACGAGGCAUGAAACUGAGCGAUGCUCGGAGAGGGAGAGAGAGAGAGGGUGAAAGUCCCGAAGAAGUCGACCGCCAACUUGAUCGCCGAGGCAGCGAGAUUGCUUGCUUGCUUGCUGUCGGUAGAUUCGUGUAGAGGUCAUUUGGGGGGCGAGAGUGCGCUGAUUUGGGACGUGUGGAGUGAGCAUCAAGGCAGCGGGGGUUCCGGUUCGGCAGCUGAAGCCUGUGAGUGAUGGUGCAGCUGUAGUGGGGAGGGGCAGUGCGGAUGCCUCGGGGUUCAGAGCUAGAAUUCUGAGACGGGGACCAUAGCCUCGGGGUGGUGGUAGGUGGGAAUUGCGGCGGUCAAAGACGACGGACGAGGUGUGGUGGAGCGAAUGAUGAGCUGCGAGCAAGCUCGACAAUGAUGGGCAGUUAUCAGGUCCGAGAAUAGUCCAGCUCUUUCGAAUGUUGCGACGUCCGGGGAAAGCACCGCAUGCAAUUGCACAUGCGUUCUUCCGUCGUGGAAGGAAUAAUCUCCUCUCGUAGAGCAGAGUAGAGAGCAGCAGUUGUUGCAAAGGGGAGGUCGAAGAUGGAAAUCGUCGACAGAAAGUCGUAAAGUUGUUCGUCUUUCCGCAGAGCAGCAGCAGAAGAAGAAGUCAGCCCUGCUGCUGCUGCUACUCGACACUGAGCUGGAUGCACGCAGGACCGACCGAGGUCCCACCAACGAGCUGCUCUCCCUCCCUCCUCGUCCGACACCAAUCCUCUGCCCUGCUGCACCCGCCAACUCCAGUCGUCUCCGUCCCGAUCGGAAGAGAAACUAAAAUCGCGCAUCUCUCUCUUCUCGAUUCUCAUUUCUGGAUUCUACUUCCGCGACCGCUUUCUGAUUUGGAGCCAUACUCUGCUCUCGCGAUUCGAUUGAUCCUCUGCUUUUAUUUGGGGAAGAGCUGGACCGGACUUGUCCUGCUGUCAAGCUGGCUGCGCUAGUCACUGCAGAUUUUACUGGGCGCAGUAGAAUCCUUGGCCACCGACAAAACUGCUUACGUCCGCCUUUCGCUCGUCCCUGCGGGCGACCUUCAAGCCAAAACUAUCUCGCUCGGCGUUUGCGUGUUUGAAUUCCGAGCCGUUCUCGUCGGCCUGUCGUCGCUCGUCCCGUGGACGGGAACGGACUCGUCUGACGCUGACGCUGAAGCUGGAGCUGGAGCAGGAGCUGGAGCAGGAACAGGAGCAGCAGCAGCAGCAGCAGCCCGCAACCGAGAGCUUCUGCUGGGAUGCGCUCUGUCAAGAUCACGUGCAAUCUAUGAGAUCGCCGAGAAGACGACGAGCCGUCCGAGUCGAGGAGUAAUGAGCACCACGGCCUCGAGUUUCCGCAAGUCGGAGGAGCUCCGCAUCGUUCACUGCGCAUGCUGCGGGCGAAGCUCUGAACCCUCUGUCCGCGGGCGGCGGACAUCACGAUCCUGAAGCGAGCGAUCGGGUGCUCGUCUGAGCAUGCCACUGCUGCUCCGGCCGUUCCGAUGAGUUUGAAUCCAGCUGCUGUCAAGUGGUUGGGCUUCUACAAGAGGAUCUUGCCUUGACUCCGCGGCCGAGUCCCAGAUCGAAACUAGUAAAGCUCAGAAUGGAGCAGGUGCAGCUCGUAGGCUCCAUACAGCGGAACAAGUCGGCCAUGUAUAACGGAGGAAGUCACGGCGCAGCGAGCUACAAGACUGGGCCGAAAAUGGUCUGGAGAUGGGUGCUCGUGUGCAUGGCUUUGGGAUCUGCUGCCGCGGUGGCGAUUUGCGGCCUCCUGGCAGGAUAUGGAGACUUCGUGAUCCGACAACAACAUCCGGCGCUGUUCCAAGCAGCUCCGUUCGUCGUUCCCGACGAACAAUUUGUCAGCAGCAGCAGCAGCAUUGCGCAACAUCGACAGCAGCAGCAUUGUCAAGGCAAGCGCCUGUACAUAUACAACCUCCCUCGCCUCUUCAACCUCGACAUUCUCGAUCGCUACUGCCAGAACAAAACUGACUACCCGGAGAUGUGCGCGAAAUUCGUCAACUCCGGCAUGGGAUUCAAGCUGGAGCGUGUCAUGGAGCCUCUGGAAGCCUGGUACAGAACCGAUCAAUUCUCGCUGGAUCUGCUGUUCCACGACAGGCUGAAGAAGUACCCCUGUCUCACGCAGGACCCGGAGACAGCCGAUCUCUUCUACGCUCCAUACUACGCUGGCCUCGACGUGACCGAGUUCCUCUUUGCUACCGAGAUCCAAUUGCGAGACAAGCUCACUCAGCGGUUCCUGGGCUGGAUGAUGGCCCAACCAUCUUUCGUCCGCCUGCAGGGCCACAAGCACCUCCUGCUCCUGGGGAGAAUCGUCUGGGACUUCCACAGAACCGAAGUUCUGAGCAACUGGGGAAACUCGCUGCUGAAGAACGGGGACGUCGAGAAUAUGACGGCUCUGAUUCUCGAGAGGGACCCCGAGGCGUCCGAGUCUCACCAGAUGGCCGUGCCAUACCCGACCUCCUUUCAUCCCAAGACGGAUGCUGAGCUCAAGCUCUGGCAAGAGAAGGUUGCCAGCUCCAACAGAGAUCUGUCGUUGGUCUCGUUCGCCGGGUCUCCUCGCAGAAACAAGAGCAAGGGCCAUGUCAUGUACGCCUAUCUGAGAGACAACCUUUUCGAGCAGUGUGACAAGUCCAACCUCUGCACCCCUCUCCUCUGCGACGAGAUCGACUGUCAAGCCAACCCGCACCUCGUCACCAACCUGCUCCUACGCUCGACCUUCUGCCUGCAACCUCCGGGCGACUCUCCCACCAGAAAGGGCGUGUUCGAUUGCUUGGUGGCGGGCACCAUCCCCGUCUUCUUCACGGUCCACUCUGCCUACAACCAGUACCUCUGGCAUCUGCCGAAAGAUGGCGACUCCUACUCCGUACUCUACGACGAGGACGAGGUCCGGGACAAGGGAUUUGAUGUCAUGGCUGCUCUGCAGCAGAUUCCUGCGUCUAAGAUCAAAAGCAUGCAGGAAACCAUUUUGCAUAAGAUUAUCCCCGUGAUCCUGUACGACCAUAUUGACCGGGAUCCGAAUAAGAAGACGAAAGAUGCAAUUGACGUGAUUCUGGAUCACCUUCUGGUCGAGGGUUUUCAGACUUACCCCGACGAAGCUAAAUUAUCUGCUUCUCUCACGUGAGUCAAGCUUGCUCACAUGCUGAUCAGUUCUACACUCUGAGCUGCCCCACACACACACACACUCUCUAUCUCUCUCUCACUGGAAACUCGACGAUGUCUGUCAACCUUCUAGGCAACUGCAUGAAGUAGAUACGAUAGCGUAGAAAGGAUGACGAGGAGGAGUGAUGUCGGUCGAACCCAACCCACGAGAGCAAAGCUGACUUGAUUUUGCUGGCAACUUGGCACACUGUUCCCUCGCGUACAGCUGUGACCUGCUGUGUGCUGUACUCGCAACAGUGCUGUCAUAGCUUACCAGGGCCUCUGUCUAGGUCAUGAUUACAUCGUUAGGUAGAACUAGAACUACGACAUGUAUUAUCUGUACAGGCCAUGUGCAUGAGGAAAUAGAACGUACCUGGGUUUGUGAUCUCCGCACUCGGCGACAGCCUCAGGGUUUGUCUACACGUCUUUUGCGUGAACCUUGAAUAUAUCAGGAUGGAGACCGCAGCCUACACUCGACAUUUGAGAACUGGUCGUGUCGCAAUUUUCUGUGAUUAGUG